AUGGAGGCGGGUGGGGAGACCACUUCCACCUGGAAGUGGUACGGCAUGAUGGACGCUACACUCCGGGCACAGCAUUCCAUCAGUCCGCCCCUGGUAGUGGCAGCCAACCUGACCGCCACUACAGGUGGUGUUGUCACCUCCCCGUCCUCCGCCCCUCCCAGAGAAGGUGCACCACUGCCCAAGAAGAGGGCAAAAAUAGGGGAAGAGCUCCUCAAAUUCAUGAAAGAGCAGGCAGAGAGGGACGAAGAGCGAGAGAGGGAGGCAGUGGCCAGAGAAGAGGCGAGGGAGAGAGCAGCAGCAGAGAGGGCAGAGAGAUAA